GUUGGUACUUAAUAAGACAAAGCAUGAAACAAAAGAGUAGCGAGAAAAUGGAGGAAAAGGCAAAAGCUGAGGAGAAGAAGAUGGGUAUGAUCGAAGUUUGGUUGAGGAAGCACCGUUCUCUCUACAACGGAGCCACUAGACACCCACUUAUUCUCAGCAUCCGCGAUGGCACCAUAAACAUUGAUUGCUUCAAAACAUGGCUGGCACAAGAUUACUUGUUCGUUCGAGCGUUUGUCCCUUUCGCAGCCAGUUUGCUGAUAAAAGCUUGGAAGGAAUCAGAUGAGAGUGGUGACGUGGAAGUGAUAUUGGGGGGCAUGGCUUCUCUGGAGGAUGAGAUCUCGUGGUUUAAGAGAGAAGCCAACAAGUGGGGUGUUUCAGUUUCUGACGUUGUUCCUCAGCGAGCCAACGUAAAGUAUUGUGGGUUGCUGGAAAGUUUAAUGAGUCCAGAGGUGGAGUAUACUGUGGCUAUUACAGCAUUUUGGGCUAUUGAAGCAGUGUAUCAAGAGAGCUUUGCCCACUGCAUUGAAGAAGGCUCCAAAACCCCACCAGAACUGAAGGAGACUUGUGCAAGAUGGGGCAAUGAGGCUUUUGGUAACUAUUGCCAAUCUCUGCAAAAGAUUGCCAAUCGGCGCUUACAAAAGGCUUCUGAUGAAGAACUCAAAAAGGCUGAAGUUACGUUCCUUAGUGUUCUUGAGAACGAAGUUGAGUUCUGGAACAUGAGCCGUGGAAAUGUUUGAUUUUCUUCAAGAGGCCUUCAAUGUAUGACCAUGUAUAUAAAUAAAAUAAUCAAAGCCUAGGAAAACACUGCAUAUGUUUAUUUCGUAGAGAAAUAGAGUAAACUAGAACUGAGGAAACAGUUAAGGAAUGUUUGUUAAAGAAAUGCUACUCAAAAUCUCAAGCAUGCGUGUGUUUGGAUUUGAAUUCGCGUAUUGAGUUAUGUUUUCGAACAGAAUUA